AUGUUAGCAGUAGUCUAUUCCUGCGUAGCAGUGCUAAUGGUUGUUGAGGUUGAGAGCCCUUUUGUAAAUGUGGCCUGGAAAAAAGCGGCUUUCGUCAGUACGGAGUACCCCAGAGAAGUGGAGGCGGGACCCUGGCGGGGCGUGGAUGGCCGAAAAGGACGCACGGACUACGUACACAUAGCCGAAAAUGACACAGAAAUGAACUGGUUCGUCAUAGAUCUGAUACAUAGUUAUCAGGUGAAGUAUAUUCAUCUUUUUAACAGAGAGUGUCCGGACUGUGAGGAGCGGAUGGACCACUUCAUCAUCGGCACGACGAACACUUUUGAUCCGACCAUCAACAAAACCAUUCGAAAUCGCUACCAACUGUGCGGUCAGUGGCCUACAAAAGCCUUCCCACCGUUCAGAGCCAUGCGUAUUGACUGCUUGAAUCCCAAUGCUUUCUCAAGAUUUGUUAUAUUGCAGCAGGAUGUCGGUAAAAGUAGCAUGGGCUUUACUGAACUAGAGGUUUACACUGACGGAAAACCAAUUUACACAAAGAACCUAGCUCUAAACAAGCCAGUGUAUUUCAGCACAGCAAGGCCAGGCGACAUGUACGAUCCCAAAAUAUGUGUUGAUGGAAAUUUCACACCCGAUAACAUUUAUUGCUUGCAGGGACUGGAGUCGCCUCCAUAUAAAAACUGGUUCGCUAUUGAUCUCCUGAGAGAGCAUAUGAUUGUCUAUGUGGUUCUCUAUGGAAGAACUGACUGCUGUGUCAGUGACAUGGAUUACUUUGUAGUCGGUCUGACAAACAAGUUUGAUCCACAAGUGAACACAACAGUCAGAAACAACUACAGAAUGUGUGGACAUUGGAAAUCUGCGGCCCUCGUAAAAGGCAUGCCCAUGAGAGUGACGUGUGAAGAUGACUCCUUCCAUUCGAGAUUCGUCAUCAUUCAGCAGUCAGAUCUGAAAAAUAACAGCGGUCUUGGGUUUAAAGAGGUUGAGGUUUAUGCGAAUGACCCGAUAAGGAAAAAGUAUUUCGGAUGUUUCAGAAACUUCAGAGGCGAGAAAACCUUCCCCAACCAGCACAUGGGAAAAUGCAUUGCACUCUGCCGCAAUGCCAAUCUGCCGUUUGCCACCAUGAAUGUGGAAAAUUUUGACGACUGCAUAUGUGGAAGUGUUGUUGGGUAUCCCGUGUCCAGUAUUAACUGCCUCGUUAACUGCACCAACGAUAAGAGAUGCAUCGUCCGCGAUUUCUUCACCGUAUUUGAAGUAAGCGAGAUGGCAGUAACGACGCAACCGGAAAUGGGUUGCUUCCGGGAGAAGAUGACUCCGGAGAUUAACGAGAACCUGAUGCUAAUUUCAGAUGGAGAAUCCUCUUGCAGAAGAUGCAUUGCCCACUGCUUCAAAUCCAACUUUCUGUACGCUUCUAUUAAUAGUUUAACCUGCCAGUGUGGCAAUACUUAUGACACUCUGGAGAAAGUUAGCGAGAGUCACUGCAACGUCAAGUGUGCCACGGAGCAAUCUAACAAUUGUGGGGGGUCGGUGGCGAGCCGCUACGUGAAUCUUUUCCUCACUGGAUAUAUAUACGGUCUAGAAAUGAACCCUUACGAAAGGUACCAUUGCUUGAAUGGUACCAAAUUUGAUGGACUGAACGAAUGCCAAGAAUGCGAGCCUGGUUGGACCGGCCGAAUGUGCAAAGAGAGAGAUUGUGCGGUGAACAAUGGUGCUUGCGGUUCGGACAAAUGUGUAACGCAUAGUUUCGCAUACGCCAACAUAUCUGAGUGCGAGUGCCGAAAUGGUUACGCAAAAGUUUUUGCACAGGGAGAUUGUAGAGACUUUCACGAAUGCGACCACGGCGAGCACACGUGUAACCUCAACACUUCUCACUGCGUCAACACCCACGGCUCUUACAGAUGCGUGUGUAGGAGUGGCUACAUCAGGUCAGAGGUCGAUCCUGAAGAUUGCGUUGAUAUAAACGAAUGCAAUGAUGACAACCCAUGUUCGUACGAACAUCAAGUGUGCCACAACACACCAGGCUCAUACCAAUGCAGCUGCCAACCUGGAUUCCAUGUUGACGAAUGUUGCACAAAGAUCGAUAAAUGCGAUAGGAGCAGACAAUAUUGCACGAAUACCAUUGGUUCCCACAUAUGUCAAGAUCACGGGGAGGACAGUCCGACUUUGAAACGAUCCCUAACUGCAUGUGUCGCCUUAUCAAUCUUGUUCAUAAUUUCAACAGCCACUCUAGCAUUCAUCAUCGUCUACCAGUCAAAAAGACUGUUGGAGAUAAAGAACGCCGUAAAGAUACUCUACAGUGGGACGAAGAACCAAGGUGACAUUACAAGCAACAACAACAACAACAACAAAAACAACAACAAAAACAAAAACAAUAAUAAUAAUAAUAAUAAUAAAAAUAAUGAUGAUGAUGAUAACUUCAUCUCUAAUAUCAUGAACGAAGAGGCUGACGAUGACGAGUUCAGUUACUCCAAUCCAGUCUAUUACAUAAUAAAAGAUGAGACUAUGAAAUGA